GCGCGGGUUUGGCGGAAGCGCAGCGCGGUAGCAGCGCAGAUCUGUAGACGGUCCGGAUGGGUUUCUGGCGGUUUUGGCGGUUCUGUUUGGGUCCUCUUGCUGUGCCGAUCAGCUGAGCUGGAGCCGUUUGAACGCAGCGCGGGGAAAGUUACCCUGACCGGACAGAGAGACUCAGCGGACGGAAAUGGCCACAGCGAUGUAUCUAGAACAUUAUCUGGACAGUAUCGAGGGUCUUCCCUACGACCUGCAGAGAAACUUCUCUUUAAUGACCGACCUGGACGGCAGGAUUGAAGGGAAGAAAGCGGAGAUCGAUAAACUCGCGGCUGAAUACACUGCGAACGUGAGGAGCCUGUCGUCUGAGGAGCGAGUGGAUCACCUGAAGAGGAUUGAAAACGCCUACAACAAGUGCAGAGAGUUCAGCGAUGAUAAAGUGCAGCUGGCCAUGCAGAUAUACGAGAUGGUGGAUAAACACAUUCGGCGGCUGGAUGCUGAACUGGCGCGCUUUGAGAGUGAGCUGAAGGACAAACUGGACUCCAGCAGUCAAGAGAGUUCAGAUGAAAAGAAAAGCAGAAAAGAUAAAAGCGUCAGAGAGAAGAGGAGGUGCAGUGGGCGGAGCCAGAAAACAUCCAAUCACGACUCUCCUAAACAGACCGCACAGAAGGGCAGUGAUGCUUUCCUGGCCAUGCACCCCUCAGACGUUCUGGACAUGCCGGUGGACCCUAAUGAGCCCACCUACUGCCUGUGCAGUCAGGUCUCAUACGGAGAGAUGAUUGGCUGUGACAACGCUGAUUGUCCUAUUGAAUGGUUUCACUUCGCCUGCGUUGAUCUUACGACUAAACCCAAGGGGAAAUGGUUCUGUCCUCGAUGUGUUCAGGAAAUGAAGAAGUAAAGCUGCUCUAUCACUGCGGUUUAUCAGCUGCUCUGAUCCAAAGUUCAGACACUCAGCUCACUUUGAUCUUCCUGUAAUUCAGCUUCACCAAAGAGUCGUUUCUGCUGAAGUCAGAACGACUGCAUCACUGCAGUGAGGAGAAGCUUCCGCCUCCUGCUGCGCUUUUAAAAUAGAGCUUUAUAAAUAAAGAUUCAGUGAUUUUAGAGUGUUUAUAAUAAAACCAAUCUCUUUAAUCUUCACUCUGAUCUGGUCUUGACAGUCUAUCAGCUCAUUUCUCCUAUUAAAUAUAGAUUUAAUAUCUACAUACAGUGGGUGCAGAAUUAUUAGGCAAGUUGUCUUUGAGAGGAUUCUGUUUAUUAUUGAACAACAACUCUGUUCUCCAUCAACCCAGAAGACUCAGAAAUAUCAAAGCUUAAUAUUAUAGGAAGGUGGAGUGGGUUUAGGGCGAUCUUAGGAGGACAUCUGUUUGGGCUGUAACUAUUACUGUGCAGAAUUAUUAGGCAACUUAAUAAAAGCCAAAUAUAUACCA